AUGCGCGCAGGAUUUCUUGACUUCGACAUCGACAAAAGUGGUGCACUGGAGAUGGAUGAAGUGCGUUCGGCCCUGUUAAGUAUUCUGAGGGUCACUCCUCGGGGACUGAUGGGUGAUGAGAUCAUAGACAUCGCUACCAAGAAGAUUAUGGCAGAG